CCGCGAUAAGAAGAAAGCAACGGCGGAGCCGUGAGACGGCGGUGUGCUGGCGAAACCCGUGCCAGCAGCAGUUAUCGAGCAGACAGCGAUCCCGAACCGCGUCUCUGUCUGGCGGUGCCUCGUUUCACGGUGAACGCAACGCGAGUGAAGCCCUGAAGGGGGCAAAAUAUUGAGAGAGAGAUAUUGAUUGUGUGAUAAAUUCCUUAAAAAUUCAAAUAUAACUCAUACGACGCGUGUGCCAAUCCCCAACCAAGCCCCAGUACCACUGCCAACUGCUGUGCAUGCAUUUGGCCUUAGCAAUGAUGCAAACCCUGAAACCGCCGCCGCCGCCGCUACAUCACCACCAUCCACAGCAGCAGCAGCUUCCACAGCACCUGACAGCCAUGGAUAAUCAUCAGCAACAUCCGCCGCAUAUCCAUCAGCCGCAACAAUUGCCGCCCACGCCGCAGGCAUCGCACUUGGUAGGCGGCGGCCAGCACAAUCAUCUGCCUGUCGACCAUGAUGACCCAAAUCCUGAACUGGUGCUCGCCUUAAUUUCAAGGAAUCGUGCGCUCGAGGCUACGAUACCAAAGUGCGGCGGCUGCCAUGAGCUGAUCUUGGACCGAUUCAUUCUGAAGGUGCUGGAGCGCACGUGGCACGCCAAGUGCCUGCAGUGCAGCGAGUGCCACGGCCAACUCAACGACAAGUGCUUCGCCCGCAACGGUCAACUGUUCUGCAAGGAGGACUUCUUCAAGUCUAACAGACGGUACGGUACAAAGUGUUCCGCUUGUGAUAUGGGCAUACCGCCAACCCAGGUGGUGCGCCGGGCCCAGGACAACGUCUAUCACCUGCAGUGCUUCCUGUGCGCCAUGUGCUCCCGCACCCUCAACACGGGCGACGAGUUCUACCUGAUGGAGGACCGCAAGCUCAUCUGCAAGCGCGACUACGAGGAGGCCAAGGCAAAAGGUCUCUACUUGGAUGGCUCGCUGGACGGCGAUCAGCCAAACAAGCGUCCCCGCACCACCAUCACCGCCAAGCAGCUGGAGACCCUGAAGACUGCCUACAACAACAGCCCCAAGCCCGCCCGACACGUUCGGGAGCAGCUGUCCCAGGACACGGGCCUAGACAUGCGGGUGGUCCAGGUGUGGUUCCAAAACAGGCGGGCCAAGGAGAAACGACUGAAAAAGGAUGCGGGACGCACUCGAUGGAGUCAGUACUUCCGCUCCAUGAAGGGAAACUGUUCGCCGCGCACCGACAAAUUCCUCGACAAGGACGAACUAAAGGUCGACUACGACAGCUUCAGUCAUCACGAUCUUAGCAACGACAGCUACAGCACCGUCAAUUUGGGCCUGGAUGAAGGCGCCUCUCCGCACAGCAUACGCGGCUCCUACAUGCAUGGGAGCUCUAGUCCGUCUCAGUACCCGCCGAGCAGUCGCUCGCCGCCGCCAGUUGGCCAGAGCCACACGUUCGGCUCUUAUCCAGACAAUAUUGUGUACACCAAUAUAGAUCAUGCGGCGGCCUCUACUCUGCACGCCAGUAAGUCACAUCACCGCCUGCACAGUAGCAACAACGUCUCGGACCUGAGCAACGACUCCAGCCCCGAACAGGGCUAUCCAGACUUUCCCCCGAGCCCCGAUUCCUGGCUUGGCGACUCGGCAAGUACCAACAACACCAGCAGCAACAACAACAACAAUAACAAUGGUGGCAGCGGCAGCGGCAGUGGUGCAGCCAGUGCGAAUGUCACCACUGCAAAUCCCGGCACGCCAAGCGUACAUUACUGAUACUCAAAUCUGCUUUUGCGUUAUUUUGAGAUGCAGUCCCGCAGUCUUCUUCUCUCUGCCCAGCAACAACAACAGCAGCAACAACAGAAACUUUAGCAGCGCCAUGUUGAAAGCUCUCAGCAUCACGACAGCGAAGCUAAGCGGUUAAUGGGAACGAGUCAGGAGAUGUGGCAACGCCACUCAGGCUGAGUUGAGAUUGUGGAAUGUACCAGUUUCAAGUGAAUGCAAUUUGGGUACGUUUCGUCUGUAUAAAUACCAGUUCGUGAUCGGCAUACAAAUGCUGAUCAGAAUCAAUUAGUUAAAAAAUUAGCAAAAACAGAAAGCAGCAGAAAGCCUUAUUUGUAUUUAGAAAAACAAAAACCCUUACAAAAUUGCUCAAAAUAAUUGAUUUCCUGACGAUGUCAUCGGCAUAGGGGGAUUGAAAACAGAAUAACUUUUGAUUUGUACUUUGAAGCUUAAUUGAUUGCAUCACUUCUUGGAGAAGCCGCUCCAUCAUUUACCAUUGUAACCCUGCCCUGAUAUUGAUAUUUUAUUGUAAAUAAUGUAUAUACAAAUGUGUAUAGUAGACGAACUCUAAAACUGAAUUUUAAAUUAAAUUAAGUCUGUAUAGCGUCAAACAAAUGCGGGGUGGUAGAGCAAAAUAUGCAUAUGUACAAAUGUACAUAUAUUCAUUUGUAUGUUUGUACACACCAGUGUAAGGCUCGAGCCCAAAACCAGUUAUUUAUUGCUUUAUAUAGGAAUACAACAAAAUUACAUAGGCGAAAUAUCAAUUACGAAAACGUGAUGUCGUAUUUAUGUAUAUCUAAUGAAAACCAAAAAACCGAAGAAAUAUUUCGACAAAAUAGAAAUGUGAGUAAAGAGGCAACUACGUAAAACAAAUGAUAAAACGAAUGCUAUGGAAUAAAUUACUAUUUGACACAUAAGAAUAAAAUACAAAAAUUUGUUAA